CAGCAGCAGCAGCAGCAGCAGCACAGAAGUAGCGCACAGUCCGCACAUACCGCCGGCUCACUUGCCCUCUGCUGGAGCUAAAACGGAGCUCGCUAACUGCACUGCGCCCUGCGCAAAGAUCACCUGCAGGCGCGCAGCGAACCGGUGUCUGCGCUUCUCUGCGUCUCUGGAAUUUGGUAUUUCGGAUUUCCGUCUCUCGGAUCCCAAACCAUGAUACAUGGAAAGAUGAAGAGGCUGAAGCGAUAUUUCACCAGGGCCUUGCACCGUAUACAGAAGGGACCAGGAUACACCUACAAGGAGCUGCUGGUCUGGUUUUGCGAUAACACCAACACUCAUGGCCCCAAACGGAUCAUUAAGGAAGGGCCUAAGAAGAGAGUAAUGUGGUUUAUACUGACGCUGGUCUUUGCAGGACUUGUGUUCUGGCAGUGGGGGGUUCUCAUUCUGACAUAUCUCUCCUAUGGAGUGAGUGUGUCUCUUUCAAUUGGAUUUAAGACCAUGGAAUUUCCUGCUGUGACGCUGUGUAACGCCAACCCUUUCAAAUACUCACGGGUUAAGCCGCUCUUGAAGGAACUGGAUGAGCUGGUGGCCACGGCUUUAGAUCGCAUUCAGUUUUCUAGCCAAAACCAAGGCAACACAUUCACCCACAACAACCAAACACGUCAGAAUGUGACUCUUGACCCCGCUCUGUGGAACCACAUACCACUGGUGGUUAUUGAUGAAACUGACCCACGGAACCCUAUUAUACACAACAUCUUUGACAACAAUGCCGUAUACUCAAAGAACAGCUCAAUUAGAAACUCUUCAGAGGAUCAGACAUCCUACUCUCAGCGAUACAAAGUUGCCAUGAAACUGUGCACAAACAAUAACACCCAGUGCGUCUAUCGGAAUUUCACUAGUGGAGUUCAAGCUUUAAGGGAGUGGUACCUUCUUCAGCUUUCCAGCAUCUUCUCCAAUGUGCCGCUGUCUGGUCGCAUAGAUAUGGGCUUCAAAGCAGAAGAUUUGAUUCUCACCUGCCUGUUUGGGGGGCAGCCGUGCAGCUACAGAAAUUUCACCCAUAUUUAUGAUGCUGAUUAUGGAAACUGUUACAUCUUUAACUGGGGACAAGAAGGGGAGAAUACCAUGUCAUCUGCAAACCCAGGAGCUGAUUUUGGGUUAAAGUUGGUUCUAGACAUUGAGCAGGGUGAAUAUCUGCCGUUCCUCCAGACCACGGCAGCGGCAAGACUGAUCCUGCACCAGCAGCGAAGUUUUCCCUUUGUCAAGGACCUGGGGAUUUAUGCCAUGCCAGGAACAGAGACCUCCAUCGCUGUCCUCGUGGAUCAACUGGAGCACAUGGAGGCCCCAUAUUCUUCCUGCACAGUUAACGGCUCGGAUAUCCCAGUGCAGAACUUGUAUGCAGAGUUCAACAGCUCCUACUCCAUCCAGUCCUGUCUGCGUUCCUGCUACCAAUUGGAGAUGGUGAAAACGUGCAAGUGUGCUCACUACCAGUAUCCCCUACCAAAUGGAUCAGAAUACUGCACUAACAUGAAGCAUCCCGACUGGGUUCCCUGUUAUUAUAGUCUGCGAGACUCGGUUGCCAUCAGGGAAAACUGUAUCAGCCUGUGCCAGCAGCCGUGCAAUGACACACACUACAAGAUGGUGAUCUCAAUGGCAGACUGGCCGUCAGCUGGGGCAGAGGACUGGAUUUUUCAUGUCCUUUCCUAUGAGAAAGAUUCCAGCCACAACAUCACUGUAAACAGGAAUGGCAUUGUCCGGCUAAACAUUUACUUUCAAGAGUUUAACUACCGGAGCAUUUCAGAAUCUGAAGCGACCAACGUGGUCUGGCUCCUGUCCAACUUGGGCGGUCAGUUUGGUUUCUGGAUGGGCGGCUCUGUCCUGUGUAUCAUUGAGUUUGGCGAGAUUAUCAUAGACUGCGUGUGGAUCACCAUCCUCAAGUUUCUCGCCUGGAGCAGGAACCGCAGGCAAAGAAGGAAACGGCCUCAGUACUCAGAUCCACCACCUACUGUAUCUGAGCUGGUGGAGGCUCACACCAACCCAGGCUUCCAGCAUGACGACGGAGAUCAUGUGCCCGUGGACAUACCUGGAACUCCUCCUCCAAAUUACGAUUCCCUGCGAGUGAAUACUGCCGAACCUGUUUCCAGUGAUGAAGAGAAUUAAACGACACUACAAGCGGCUACAGCCUAAUAAAUGACAUUGUGACCAUUAGAUUUGCAUUUCCGUAUGUUACAAUGAAACGCUAUAUUAUGGGGAAAGAGCUUUAUGUUAAAGGAGAAGGUUAAAGCUAAGUAAGCUUUAUCAGAAAGGUCUAUAUAAAUACACCAGUAAACCCUCAAAGUAA